UGAGGCCUGGGUCCGAACCUAGACUGCUGUUGCUUCUAAGUUCGUUGAAAACAUUUUCAGUGUUUUUCGAUCGCUUUAUCUUCGGCCUGGUCUGAAAACCAUCGUUUCUCUCUCAUCACCAAAUCUAGAGAUAGAAAGUAGAGAGAGAAAGAGAGUGUGUGAAGAGCAUUUGUUAGUACGGUGUCGUUUUGAGAGCGCCAGCUGAGGGUGAUCACCACUGAAACGGCGUCGUUGGGAAGACAAACACACUUCCAACAACCCUAAUUGUGUCUCACUCAGAUCACACUUCCAAAACCCUAACCGAGCUCUGAGUCUCUGCUUCUUCUGGGUUACAUUGAGCAGAACAACCACAGAAAUCGAAGUGUCAUUUAAGCAUAUAGUUUGCAGCCAAUUUGCGUUCUUAAUUGCACAAGUAGAGCUGUAUGGAUGAGGUGGUUUUGAUCCAUAAUGAUCUCCCUUAUGGAUAGAACUAUCUUCUGCCAAAAGAACUAGCUAAAAAUUUUCUGGCUUCAUUAUCUAUGCCUGGUAACGAAGUCGAAGACAGGAUCUGCAAUUUCUUUGAGCAGGACAAUUCUUCCCAGGGCCACCUUCAAUCUCAAACUGUGGGUGGGAGUUGGCCUGUAAAUUAUAAUCAGUGGGUUGGAAACCAGAGGCAGAUUGGAGAAGCUAUAAAUUUCAAUCCGAAGAAUUUCAAUGUACGGCAAUUAGAUUCUGUGGUAGGACCUGGCAGUGAGUCUUUGCAAGUGUCAUUUGAUCAAAACCAUGCACAAGUAACUCUGAGGCCUCAGUUCUCAAAGAGUUACAGUAGAUAUCAACAAUUGAAUUCAAAUGGCCUUAUGUUUGGGCACCAGAAUCUGCAAACAAGGCAGAAUCAAACAGAGUUUUUGGGUGAAAAUACAUGUUACCAGUAUAAUCUAACAUCAAAAGGGUUAUCGAAUCUUCAAUUACAGCAAAAGAGUGCUUCUGAGGAUAGUCCCACUCUGACAACAAAUUCGGAAAGGUCUGAAACUGCUGAAACUCCUGAUUUCAACUUUCUUGGUGGGCAGCAGCAUUUCAUCAAGUCCCAACAGCAAGUUAUGCCACAACCUCGUCCAAGACAGCCAUCUGGGUUUAAUGAUAUUCAGUUGGUACAGCAGCACAUCAUGUUCAAGCAGCUGCAAGAACUUCAGAGGCAGCAGCAACUUCAGCGGUUGGGUGAUACCAAGCAAAAUAAUUCUAUAAACCAGCUGUCUACUCUUGCAAAACAGGCAUCUGGGGGUCAGUUUCCACCUCUGAUCAAUGGAACACCUAUUCAUGAUGCAUCACAGAUGUUUAUGAACUUGGUGCAGCGUGGUGCACCUCCAUCUGUGCAAGGACUUCCAAACAGACUGCCAAAUACACAAGAGCAAGGUCAGGCUGUGCGAUCAAUGGGUCUGGUUCCGCAACAGCUUGAUGCAUCUUUGUAUGGUACUCCUGUUGCGAGCGCACGAAGCAACAUGAGCCCCUAUACCCAUCUUCGAGGGAUGUCUCAUGAUUCCACCAGUUUUUUGGCCAAUGUCAGUGCUAACCAAUCGCAGAAGCCUCCAAUGCAGCCAUCUGCCUUCAGUAAUCCCUUUCUAGGCAUUGCUUCUCAGGAGCAGGCUUGCAUGCCCGAUGGAACUUUUAUAGCCAAACAUGGAUUUCAGGGGAGGAAUUUGUUUGGCCAAAUUCCCAUUCAGGAUUUAAAUAGUGGAGUUAUAUCAGAAAACUUCCAUCAGGGGAAUGCCUUACAAAGGAAUGCAUCAGUUCAGGAACUUAAUGGGAAGCAAGAGCGAACAGGUUGGCCUGGGUACUCACAAGAAAAAGUGACACAGAUGAACCCUUCUCCAGGUCUGUCUGCCCUAGAUCCAAUGGAAGAGAAGAUUCUGUUCAAUAUGGAUGACAAUUGGGAUGCUUCUUUUGGCAAGCGCACUGACAUGGGCACUGGAAGCUGUGGCAAUGCAUGGGAACAUACAGAUUACAUGAACACAUAUCCUUCUGUUAAUAGUGGGAGCUGGAGUGCUCUUAUGCAGUCUGCUGUUGCUGAAGCUUCUAGUAGUGAUACCGGACUACAGGAAGAGUGGAGUGGCUUGACUUUUCAGAAUACAGAACUGUCAACUGAUAAUCAGCCUUCGCACUUCAUGGACAGUGCGAAGCAAGAAACUGGUUGGGUUGAUAACAAUUUGCAGAGUGCCUCGUCUUUGAGUUCGAAACCUUUUCCUGCAUUUAAUGAUUCCAAUAUGAGCUCUAGCUUCCCUGGUUUUCAGCAGUCAGGCAUGCAAUUUUCAUUGGAAAGUAGGGAGAGAAUGCGCCCGGAUUCUUCUCAUGAAUCCAUUCAGCAGUCUCCUAAAAAUGCUGGCAGGUGGUUAGAUUGUAAUUCUCAACAAAAGCAGCAUAUGGAGGGAACUCAACAGAUGCAAUCACUGACGCAUUUGGAAACUGCAUGGGGUGGGCAGAUUUUUGAGCAGUCAGAAAGCAGUUCACAUAGAGAGAAUGUAUCCUCAUAUAACAAUGGUAGUCAACCGUGCAAUAAGCCAAAAGGUGGGAAUUUUCAGUCCCUUUCACCCAGUGGAAAUGCUACAUUGAACAUGGGUUCCAAUGAGAAUCAUGUGGGAAAUUGUUGGGCUGGUGAUAUUAAUGGAGCCAUAUACAAGGAAAGGGAUCCUGAUGGUUGUCUGUGGAAGGCCGAUGGUAAUCGUGGGGCAAGCUCCUUUUCUAAUUCAACUGGUGGGUUAGAGCAAGUCCAAUCUGGUGCAGAUGAUACUCUAGUUAAUGGAGAAGAUUCUCAAAUAAAUAACUUUGCUGCUGUACCAAAUUCAAUCUGUAAGGUCGAUCAGGAAACUAAUCAACAAGUUUCAGAUGGUCAUCAGCUUGAUUACAUGAAGCAUGUUGAUAUUGCUGUAAAACACAAGGAAAAUGAGAACAUGGGGAAACACCAGCAUCAGCUAAAUAACAACCUUCAGGUUUUAGAUAGCUCUUACAAAGGAGCAGGCGAGGUCUAUGAUAAGAGGCAGAACUGCUUCCAAAGAGAGAAUUCAAGUGACAGUUAUAACUCUAAUGCAUCCCAGCAUACCAUCACAGGACGUGAAGGGAGAGAAAAUGUGUGGUUAAAUGCAAGUGAUCCGCGAACUCUGGCUGGGAGUGACCAAAAGUCAUCCGGUCAGGUUGGUUGGAUAGCUUCUAGUUCUCGUAGAUUUCUCUAUCAUCCAAUGGGAAAUUUAGGAGUGAGUGUUGAACCUGCUGACACUCUAAAACACGUGACAAAUCCACAGGUACCAUGCCAACAGGUAUCUGAGGGAUUGACUAGUCGUGAACAAGGAUAUUUGGGGCAAUUUCAGAUUGUUGGCAAUGUUUCAAACAGUAACAUGGAUAUGGAAAAGGGGAACUUACCUGAUUUCCAAGGAAACUUAAAAGCACCAGAGGUUCCUUCUGGAGUUAGCCUUCGAUCUAAUGCAUUUGCUUCAUCUGAUAGAUCAGGUGGCUUCUAUAGUCCCAAUGUUACUAUCCCAACAAGUCAAAACAUGCUUGAGCUUCUUCACAAGGUUGACCAAACAAGAGAAGAUAGCACUGUAACGCACUUUGGCACUCCGGACUGUAAUCCAUUAUCCAGGGUGCCUGAACCAGAAACUCCUGAUGUGUCUGUUGCUCAACCAUACAAUUCUGCUUCUCAAGGAUUUGGUUUGAGGUUGGCCCCUCCAUCGCAACGGCUGCCCAAUUCAAACCAUUUUUUCUCCUCCCAGGGUUCCUCACAAGCAGCAAGUAAUCUAAAGGUUAGGCAUGUCAAUCCUGAGUUACCUCAGAAGGGACAGACUUGGUUAGCUUCUCCAUCUUCAAUGCAGUCUUUGCCUCCGCAUGAAUCGUCUCAAACAGGAUGCUGGGAUGAUAAAUCCAGUAUUUCAGGGCAUGCAGGAAUUGAAAACUCACAUUCUAAUCUGCAGGGAAAUUCUCCUGCAGUGUUUACUUCUGGUUCUCCAUAUCUGAGAAACCAGCUUCAAAAGCAACUGAUCCCUAAUGCACCUGUGGUACGCCAAACUUUGCAGGCAUCAUCACCUGGUACAGCUGGCAGGCUUCCACCUUUUAAUCUUGCUCCAUCUCAAGAUACCUCUCGACAGAUUUAUGCCAACUCUUUUGGUCAAUCAUUCCCAGUUUUGGAGGCUGUUCCAGUCACUCAACCUUCCAUUAUGCCGGGAAUGUCUCAACUGAGUGGGUUUUCAGCGAGGCCAAACAAUGUGUGGACAAAUAUACCAACUCAGCGACAUCUAUCUGGUACUGAACCUCACAAUGUUCCUUCCAGUUCGCUUCCUUCCACAGAUUCAUCAAAGAGGAAUCUGGAAACCCCUUCAUUGGCUCCACAAGAGUUAAAUGAUCAAAAUUCCCAGAAAGGUGGGAAUGAAUCGUUGGAAUUUGGUGCAUGUUCUAUGAAUUCACAGGGCUUUGACUAUGGGGAAGAGCAACCGGGGAAAGAAAGAUCCCAGCAACGAAUGGUAUCUGAGAUGCUCGGCCCACCUUCACAAACAAGUGGUUUACCUCAAGAGCCAGAAUCUGUGGUGAAGCAUAUGUCGGAUGCAAGUGCUGUUACCUCUGGCUCAGUACGGUACAAGGAAAAUCAAUCCCGAGCAACUUCUGAAAGGGAUUUUGAGGCCUUUGGCCGGUCUUUGAAACCAUCACACACUUUCCAUCAAAACUACUUUGUGCACCAAACACAAGCCAUGAGAAAUGUGGAGACUGAUCCAAGCAAGAAGGUCAGUUAUCCUCUGGAUGAUGAACUCAACGCAGAAUCACGGCCCAGGCCAUUUCCAACUGGAGAAAAGACAAUGGUAAGCUUCUUUUCAGCUGCAAGAGAAGAUCAGAAUGUUAAAGCUUCAUCACAACCUGUUUUCCAGGAUGUAUCCUCUCAGGAGAUGGUCACAUUUGGUCGACAAGAUUCCCAGAGUCAUUCGACAAGCGCCAAUUUGGCACCUAAUCCUAGAGAUAGUUCCCAGAUUAAUCUGCAAAUGGCACCUUCCUGGUUUAAGCAAUUUGGAACCUUAAGAAAUGGGCAAAUGUUGUCAAUGUAUGAUACGAGGAUUGCAAAGACUGUUGCAGAACAGUUAGCCAGUGGGAAGUCAUCUGAGAAUUUGCUUGUACAUGCUUCUGUUGGGGGAGUCAAUGCUGCUGAUGCUAGUCAGGUCAACAGUGUUUGGCCGAGUACAGCUGCCACCUUGGUAGAGAGUGGGCACUUAACACCCCCUUAUAUGUUGCCCACAGAUAGCAUUGAUCAAAGCUUGGUUGAUAUGGGAACAAAGAAGCGUAAAAUUGCAUUUUCUGAGCUUCUACCAUGGCAUAAAGAAGUGACACAAGAUUCUCAAAGGCUUCAGAAUAUCAGAAUGGCAGAACGAGAAUGGGCACAAACCACAAAUCGGCUAAUUGAGAAGGUGGAAUAUGAGGCUGAAGUGAUUGAAGAUAGACAGCCAAUGGUUCGACCAAAGAGAAGGCUUAUCUUGACAACACAACUUAUGCAGCAAUUGCUUCGACCUGCACCAAGGGCCAUUCUCUCGGCAGAUGCUACUUCAGACUAUGAUUGUGUGGUGUACUACAUUGCAAAAUUAGCAUUAGGGGAUGCAUGUGGCCUAUCCUCUUGUGCAAGAAGUGAUUUGUGUAGCUCACUGGACAACUGUAACAUGAUGUGCGAGAAGCUUAAAUCACCUGAAAGAAUUGGUGACCAGUAUUUCUCUAAGGUUGUGGAAGGCUUCACUGGAAGAGUAAAGAACCUGGAAAAUGAAUUAUUGAGCAGAUUGGACAAGGCAGCAUCAAUUUUAGACAUAAAAGUGGAAUGCCAGGAGUUGGAGAAGUUUUCUGUCAUCAAUCGUUUUGCCAGGUUCCAUAGCAGGGGACAAGCAGGUGCAGCUGAAACCUCAUCAGCCUCUGGAGCAGCUGGAACUGUGCUAAAAUCAGUUCCGCAGAGAUAUGUUACUGCCCUUCCAUUGCCUAGUAAAUUACCCGAGGGGGUACAAUGCCUUUCACUUUGAUUAUCAAUUGAUUGUUCGCCUCCCAAUCUGCAUCCUGUUUUGAUCUAUACUCUGCAUUCCAUAUCCUCCAUGCAUCUGUCUUUGGUCUCUGUUCCAUAACCAAUAUGCUGACAUGCAAGAAACAACACGAGGAAUGAAAAGAUGGAAUGCAGGAUAAGUCCAGUAAAAGUAACUGAGGCUGUUCGAUCUUUUUGAAUCGUGGCCAAUUGUUGUCAUUUUUGAGAAAGUAUAUAUUGGUUUUUGUAUAUUUUCAUGAAAAUUUAAGAAGAAUCUUCAAGUACUCAAUGCUUCUUCCCCUCUCUUAGAAAAGAGUAAAUGGAUGGAUAUUCCCUCUAGGUUUCCUGAA